AUGGAAGGCGGCAUUGUCUUCCUUACAGGCGCUCCAGAAGCAAAUUCUUUGACCUGGGGCGACUCACAGCUCACGCCAUACUUCACUGCGCCCAUCCGAAGAUUUCUAGGCGAUGCCGUGACACAGGACGAGACGACUCAGGUCAGCACAAUACCUGCGUCGCAUCCACUGGCGAAAUGGCGAGGGGUGGACAUCCCGGAACACGAGCGGGCUGGCGAAGGGACGACCAAUCCAAAGACGAGGGGCGAGAGAGCCCAGUUCCUGUCGUUCCAUGAUAGCCUCGACUCAGAACAUGAAGAUUUCUUGGAAUACUCUCUGGCCGUCUUGCAAAACCUCGAGUCUUCCCAAAUCGAAGAUGCAGAUGGCACGUUCCUCGACGAGACGACUGUGUUGCCAUCGACGUCUUUCAGCACCACAGCAUCAACUGAGUACUCACUUACGAGAAGUGAAGCCUCUGUUUCAACAGAACUGCCUUCCCAGCAGGUCGUCACUUUUAAUGGCCUGAUCACAGACCUCAGACGGGUGCCAAACGCCAGACAUCUGCAGUCCAUUCACCCUCAGACCAUGACGAUCAACAUCCUGGCUGGCGUAAUAUCGAUUCAGGCACCUCGUACAGUACGUGUGCGUCGCUCUGGUGCAGAAAUGGAUAUCGUAGAAGUCCUCGUGGGCGACGACACGCGAGCUGGGUUCAGCAUCAGCUUCUGGCUCACACCAGUCGAUAGCCAGCGACCAUUCCAGAGCGUCGCCAAAGACAGUCUACGGGGAAAACUUAGUGAUCUUCGGAUUGGCGAUGUAAUACUGGUCACGCAUAUCGCACUGAGUGCGUUCCGGAACAACGUGUAUGGUCAAAGCCUGAGUCGACGCAUCACGAGGAAUAACACUUCCUUGACUGUUCUUUCGGAUCACGUCGGUGGGCUGUCUGGACCGAACGCGACGAAACUGGAGAAGGUCAGGAAUUGGACGAGGAACUUCGUCGGCAAGGGCCAUCGAGCUGAGGAUUCGCCUGAAAUGCUGCGAAGCUCGACAGCCAAGCGGAGACGAUCAGAGAUGGAGCUGCCACCGGACACUCAAUUUUGA